GAUAGGCAGGUUUACAUAGUGUACAUGGGAAAUCUUGUCGAUAGAGAUCAGUCACCUUCAUCAUACCAUUUUAGCAUGCUUCAAGAAGUUGUUGACAGAAGGUUUCUGAGGCAAUCUUUGUUGAGAAGUUAUACAAGGAGUUUUAACGGAUUUGCAGCCUACCUCACAGCUGAAGAGCAGGAAAAGUUGGCUAGACAUGAAGAAGUAGUAUCAGUUUUCCCCAGUACAACUUAUCACCCUCAAACAACAAGAUCUUGGGACUUCAUGGGUUUGGCAGAAAAUGUUCACCGAAAUCCCACUGUUGAGAGUGACAUAAUUAUCGGUGUCAUUGACACUGGAAUUUGGCCUGAAUCAAAGAGUUUCAGUGAUAUAGGCUCCAGCCCUCCUCCCAAGAAAUGGAAAGGUGCUUGUGAAGGCGGAAAGAAUUUCACUUGCAACAACAAACUAAUAGGGGCUCGUUACUAUCACUCACGCUCGCCCACAGAUGAUUCUGCCAGAGAUAAAAUGGGCCAUGGAACUCACACGGCAUCUACAGCAGCAGGUAACUAUGUGAAAGAUGCUAGUUUCUAUGGAAUUGCUAAAGGAACUGCCAGAGGAGGGGUCCCCUCGGCAAGAAUUGCAGCAUAUAAAGUUUGUUAUCCUAGAGUAGGAUGCCCAGAAGCAGAUAUACUAGCUGCAUUUGAUGAUGCUAUAGCUGACGGCGUUGAUAUCAUAACAAUCUCCAUAGGAGGAGUGAUGCCAACUCAAUUCACAAAUGAUUCCAUUGCAAUAGGCGCCUUUCAUGCAUCACAAAACGGCAUUUUAGUGGUGCAAUCUGCUGGCAACAGAGGAGGGCAGAAGAAAACAAUUGCAAGUGUUGUUCCGUGGAUUUUCACGGUGGCUGCAAGCAGUACUGAUAGGGGGAUCAUCACAAAAGCUGAGCUGGGAAAUGGAAGUAUAUUAAAUGGCAAGGGGGUCAAUUCCUUUAGCUUGAACGGAACUAGUUAUCCCUUAGCAUAUGGUGAAGAUGUCUCACGCGAAUGUGGCAAACAAGCUGCUCAGAACUGUGAAGCAGGGUGUUUAGAGAACAGCUUAGUGAAGGGAAAGAUUGUACUCUGCAACACCUACAAGGGCAUAAUAGAAGCCUACAGAGUUGGAGCUGUCGGAUCAGUGGCACUGUCUGAUUAUAUAACUGAUGUCUCCUUCAUACUUCCUAUCGCGGCAUCUAGUUUGCAUGAGCAGGACUUCCAUGUGGUCCACAGCUACUUCGCCUCGACAAAAUCUCCCCAAGUGGUAAUACUGACUAGUGAAUCAGGAAGAAAUCUUGAUGCCCCUCUGGUUGCUAGCUUUUCUUCAAGAGGGCCAAAUACCAUUCUUCCAGAUAUUUUGAAGCCAGAUGUAACAGCACCUGGAAUUGAAAUCCUGGCAGCAUUUUCACCUCUGGCUUCACCAUCGGAUAAUGAUCGUGAUGACAGAUCGGUUAACUAUACCAUACUAUCUGGAACAUCAAUGGCUUGCCCACAUGUUGCCGGAGCGGCAGCUUAUGUAAAAUCAUUUCAUCCCAACUGGUCACCUUCUGCAAUCAAAUCAGCCCUCAUGACAACUGCUUGGAGAAUGGACUCAUCAAAGGUUUCACUAGCAGAAUUUUCGUAUGGAGCCGGUCAUAUUGAUCCUGUUAAAGCUGUGGAUCCAGGCCUUGUCUACGAGACGUUCACGGAGGAUUACAUCAAUAUGCUUUGCAGUAAGAGAUAUGAUAUUGCGACAGUCAGGAGGAUUCUUGGAGUAAAUAGCACUUGUCCAACAGGAGUGCAGACGACGUCGAAAGAUCUCAAUUAUCCUUCGAUGGCUAGACGUAUUACAACCAGUGGCAGCGCAAUUGCAACGUUUUUGGAAAAAUUCACAAGAAGAGUCACAAAUGUAGGACUCCAGAACACAACAUACAAGGUGACAACCACCAAAAGUCCAGACUACAAUAUCUCUGUGAAACCAAACAUACUUAAAUUUGGAGAGUUAAAUGAAAGAAAAUCCUUUGAAGUGAUUAUCAGUGGGAAGACUAAUGGCUGGAAGAUGGUGUCAGCUGAAUUAGAAUGGUCCAACGGUGUCCACAGAGUCCGAAGUCCAAUUGUUUUGUAUCCAGAUUCUUUAUAG